AUGAUGGAUGAUGAGGAGGCUGAUUUACGUGAACAGAUAUUUCACAAUAAUGUUCGGGAGCAAAUCAUUUUUCUUCUGUUGUUUAUAUUGCUAUAUCUUCUCUCGUUUACGUUGAUUGAGAAGUAUCGACGUCGAGACAGUGAAGAUUAUUUUACAGCUGACGAGGAGGAAGUAAAAGUUUAUCGGAUCAGUCUUUGGCUAUGUACAUUUGCUCUAGCCGUUUCAUUGGGUUCAGCACUCCUGCUGCCAGUGUCAAUAGUCAGCAAUGAAGUGCUUAUUUUGUACCCAGAUAGCUACUAUGUUAAGUGGCUCAAUAGCUCUCUUAUACAAGGACUUUGGAAUCACGUCUUUCUGUUCUCAAACCUUUCAUUGUUUGUAUUCUUGCCAUUUGCAUAUUUGUUCUCCGAGUCGUCUGGGUUCCCAGGCUGCAGGGGACUGCGUGGCCGUGUUUAUGAGACAUUCAUAGUGCUGGCAUUGCUUGGUGUGGCAAUGCUAGGCUUGGCAUAUGUGAUAUCUGCAUGGAUAGAAGGAGACCGAUCCAGUAUUGAAGCUUUGCUAAAUUUAUGGACUUACUUACCGUUCUUGUAUUCCUGCGUUUCAUUUGUUGGUGUUUUGAUGUUACUCGGUGUUGCAGAUACGAACCGG